AACCAGCAGGCAGAGGAAGAUGGAUGUGGCUAUCCAGCACCCUUGGUUCCGUCGGCAGUUUUACUCUUUUUUUGGACCAAGCCGGGUCUAUGAACAGAGUUUUGGGGAUCACCUCCAGGAGACUGACCUGUUCCCAACAUCUGCUCUGCUGUCGCCUUUCUACUUCAGAUACCCCUUCUUCAGGCUGCCCAGCUGGGUAGAGAGCAGCAUGUCGGAGAUGAGACUAGAAAAGGACAGAUUCUGUGUAAACCUUGAUGUGAAACAUUUCUCACCCGAAGAGCUCAAAGUCAGAGUUUUGGGGGAUUUUGUUGAGAUCCAAGGAAAACACGAGGAGCGUCAGGAUGAACACGGUUACAUCUCCAGAGACUUCCAGCGAAGAUAUAAAAUCCCCGCAGACGCUGACCCUCUCUCCAUCACCUCAUCCUUGUCCCCAGACGGGGUCCUGACAAUCACUGGACCCAGAAAACUUGCUGAUGUCCCUGAACGCUCCAUCCCCAUCAUCCGUGAAGAGAAGGUGGCCAUAGGCUCUGCUCCAAAGAAAUAAUUGUAGCACCUCAUCCACUCGCAGAGAAAACCUUCCCACCCUUCCAGAGAGAGCGCGCGCAUCACACUGCUAUAUGUAUUUAUUUGUCCUGUCUGUUAAUGCAAAUAAACGCAAAGAGAAGCA